CUGGGGGGCGGCUCCUAGGUACCAACGUGCCUCUCAACCGCCCAGCUAACUCUUCACCUUUCACUUCGCGUCUCCAGCUUCACCAGAGCUCGAAAUGGACCCCAACUGCUCCUGCGCCACCCGUGACUCCUGCGCCUGUGCCAGCUCCUGCAAAUGCAAAGAGUGCAAAUGCACCUCCUGCAAGAAGAGCUGCUGCUCCUGCUGCCCCGCGGGCUGCGCCAAGUGUGCCCAGGGCUGCAUCUGCAAAGGGGCAUCGGACAAGUGCAGCUGCUGUGCCUGACGCCCGCAGAGCCCGGCUCCCAGAUGUAAAUAGCGCGCUGUGGACAAACCUGGAUUUUCUCCACCAUACAGUCCGACCCCUUUGCUCCAUUCCUUGUUGUGUGAAAUGUGUGAAUGAUAAUAAAAGUUGUUGACUUCA